AUGUUGUCUCUUUUGUCUUCUCUACCAUCCCUCCUGUUUCUGUUUAGUGUCCCUUGUCUCUUUAUGACAAGUUAUGUAUGCUUCCCUCUACUCUUACCAAAACUCCUCGGACUCAUCAGAAUCAAAGCCGCUCGAAACGAUCAUGGUGACAACGAGGAACGUGAUGAGAGAACUUAUGUUGUUAGAGAGGAAGAGCUACAAAGAGAGAGGAUGCCGAGUCAUGUGGCAUUAAUACUUGAUGGUAACCGGAGAUGGGCCAAACGGGCCGGAUUGCUGACGUCACAAGGCCACGAGGCCGGAGCUAAACGGCUUACAGAGAUCGCUGAGCUCUGCUUCGAAAUGGGGAUUCAUACAGUCUCAGCUUUUGCUUUCUCCACAGAGAAUUGGGGAAGAGACAAGGUUGAGGUUAAUUGCUUAAUGUCUUUGCUCCAACACUAUCUCAGUUCCAACAUCAACGACUUCCAAAGAAAGGAAAUUCGCAUUUCUGUUAUUGGGAAUAAAACGAAGAUCCCUAAAUCACUCAUCCAAGUAAUCAACGAGAUAGAGGAAGCUACAAAGGCUACAAGAAUAAGCAUCUCAUCUUGGCAAUAG